GAGAAAUGAAAUUUGUGUGAAGGAAAUCGUAAAUGUCAUAAAUUUAAAGUGAUUGAAUCAGCUCGUGUUUAAUAACUGUGGAGAGUUGCCAGUCCUGUGUUCAGGAAAACUGGCGAACUUAUAGUUGGACAUAGGACUUGGCCGCGGAAGUAUACAAAGUGUUGUGGUGGUUCAUCGAAAAUACAGUACCGCACUUUAGAAUAUGAAACCCGCUUUGCGGUUAGGAAUAUUUACGCUCGCAGUGUAACCUUCAGCUGUCAGCAGCAAGUGACAGAAGUGCAAGUAUAAAUAUACUGCUAGUCAAUUACGUUGGACGCCCGAAACUUAUUUACAAAUAAAACGAAUGACAGCGCUGCGCGUCGAUGUACUCACCAGGCCCGGCAUCAGAGUGCACAAGUGGUUUUUAGUAGUGUGUAUCAUAUUAAACGUAUUCUAACCGCAUUGAUUGCCCUCCUGUGCGUGGAACUGUUUGCACUUGAGAAAACUGUACCGAAGUUGAGAGGAUCAAACAUGGCAGAUCCCUUUUUGCUUGAAAGCUAUUUCUACAAUAAAAACUUGUUGCAGAAGGACAGAAAUCAGUUGAUGUUUGAGGAUAAAUGGCCAUCUAUGAGGCCAAUUAUUCUUAAACUCCUUCAACAGGAACCUGUUACACAAAAUGAGUGGCAAGAUCUAUUCUAUUCUGUUCAUUUGGUGUGCUUGUGGGAUGAAAAAGGGCCACCUAAGGUUAAGGAUGCACUUAAGGAUGACAUUAUGGAUUUCAUCAAACAGGCGCAACAGAGAGUACUGGCACACCAGGAGGAUCAGGCCCUGUUGAAAGCAUAUAUUGCUGAGUGGAGGAAGUUUUUCACACAAUGCAAUUAUUUACCAACUCCCUUCAGACAACUUGAGACUGCUUUAGCUGGAAAGGCAAGUUCAUCAGGCCAAAAAAAGUCAACAGCAGACGAGAGUAUUGUGAGGAAGUUAAUGCUGGACAGUUGGAACCAGAGCAUAUUCUGUGACAUUAAACAACGUCUUCAGGAUUCUGCCAUGAAAUUAGUGCAUGCAGAACGAAAUGGAGAAGCUUUUGAUUCCCAGCUUGUUAUUGGCGUUCGAGAAUCGUAUGUUAAUCUCUGUUCGAAUCCUGAGGAUAAACUCCAAAUAUACCGAGAAAAUUUUGAAAAGGCCUACAUUGAAGCAACAGAGGCAUUUUAUCGAAUGAAAGCGCCUCAGUACCUCCAGGCAAAUGGUGUUCAAAAUUAUAUGAGGUAUGCUGAUGCAAAACUGAGGGAGGAACAGCACAGGGCGCAGAAGUACCUAGAGCCAUGCAGUGGAUCAGUGCAAGUACUGACAGAUUGUUGUGUGAAAGUUUUGGUGUCCACGUUCAAAACCACAAUACUUGCUGAAUGUGCUGGAAUGAUUAAGGCAAAUGAAACUGAAAAGCUGCGGCUGAUGUUUAAGCUUAUGGAUCGUGUUCCCGACGGAAUAGCAUCAAUGUUAAAAGAUCUUGAGGAUCACAUUAUGAGUGCUGGAUUAGCUGACAUGGUUGCUGCUGCUGAUAUAAUUACACAGGAUUCGGAAAAAUAUGUUGAAAGGCUUCUUGAACUCUUUCACCAGUUCAGCGUUUUAGUUUCUGACGCUUUUAAUGAUGAUCCAAGGUUUCUGACAUCUCGGGAUAAAGCAUAUAGGCAUGUUGUUAAUGAUACACAGGUGUUCAGGCUAGAACUGCCAUCAAAACAGAGUGCAGGCCUCAAGUCCCAGCCAGAAUCAAAGUGUCCUGAACUUCUAGCAAAUUAUUGUGACAUGUUAUUGAGGAAAACACCAUUGAGCAAAAAGCUGACAUCUGAUGAGAUCGAGAAUAAGCUGCGGGAUGUGUUGCUAGUACUAAAAUACGUUCAGAACAAAGACGUAUUCAUGAGAUACCACAAAGCACAUCUCACAAGACGUUUAAUAUUAGAUACAUCAGCAGACUCUGAAAAAGAGGAAAAUAUGGUGGAAUGGCUUCGAGAAGUUGGAAUGCCUGCAGAUUAUGUAAACAAAUUAGCGAGAAUGUUUCAAGACAUAAAAGUCAGUGAAGAUUUAAAUCAACAAUUUAAGGAACAGUACAGGAAUACUAGAGGUAGCAUAGCAGACUCGAUCAACAUCAAGAUCUUGAAUGCUGGGGCUUGGGCACGUGGAAGUGAACGUGUAACUGUGUCAUUGCCUCUGGAGCUAGAAGACUACAUUCCGGAAGUAGAAGAUUUCUACAAAAAGAAACACAGUGGGAGGAAACUGCAAUGGUACCAUCAUAUGUCUAAUGGGACGAUAACAUUUGCAAAUAAUGUUGGAAGAUAUGAUGUAGAUGUCACCACUUUCCAAAUGGCAGUUCUUUUUGCAUGGAAUCAGCGUCCAUACGAUAAAAUACCAUACGAAAAUUUAAGGCUGGCCACAGAGUUACCUGAUCCAGAGCUUAGAAGAACAUUGUGGUCUCUUGUCGCAUUCCCAAAGCUUAGAAGGCAAGUUCUGUCAUACGAACCAGAAGUGCAGUCACCAAAGGACUUUGAGGAAAACACCAUGUUCUGGGUUAAUCAAGAAUUUGCUCUGGUGAAGAAUGGAAAGCUUCAGAAACGGGGGAAAAUCAACCUCGUUGGACGGCUGCAGCUUUCCACUGAGAGGAGCAAGGAGGAAGAUAAUGAAAGUAUAGUGCAGCUGAGAAUACUUCGUGUACAGGAGGCUGUUAUCAAAAUUCUGAAAAUGCGUAAACGAAUUACAAAUGUCCAACUUCAAACAGAACUUGUAGAUAUCUUGAAGAAUAUGUUUCUACCCAGCAAGAAGAUGAUCAAAGAGCAAAUAGAAUGGCUUAUAGAACACAAAUAUAUGAGAAGAGAUGAAGACGAUAUUAACACAUUCAUAUACAUGGCAUGAAAGAAAAUGUAAUGGUGCUGUCCGAAGGCAUCCUGUGGUAACUUUGAAAAACAAAUAUCAGAUAUAUGGAACAUUAGUUGAAUUAAGCUCCCGUCAAAAUGGGAGUAGACGUGUGCAAAAAGUUGCAUAGGGAGUCUCCCUUUCUUCAACAGUGGGAACAUUAAAAAUGAAGACUCGUACUUUUUAUUGGCUCAUAUCCUGUGACUACAUGACUCUGUGAUAGUGAAUCAGUGUUUUGUUCAUUUGUGACUUUAUUUGUGAACUCAGUGAGAAAUACAUACAUGAAAAUGUGUAAAAACAGUCAGACAUAAUUAUAAAGAGCUAUGGUUGUAUGAAUGAAGUGGAGACAGGGUGUUGCUGCUCGUUGAUCUUAACCCUUUCCGCUCCUUUGUUGCACUCGUCCCAAUAUUUCAUGGGUGUUGUGAAUCUCUCGUGAACUUGAAUUAUGACUGUUUGUGCUUGUAUUCAUAAGUAUGGAAGUACUGUACCAAAUAGUGGCCAAUGAAUACAUCAAUAGGGGUCAUAAUGUAAUAAAAUCAUCUUGCUUUAUUGACUGCGUCAGUGUGCAGGUUGUUUGCAACUUAAGUCGAUGUGUCACUGUGUAGUAACUGUGUGUCAGUAUGCAAAUAAUUCAUUUCUUUUUCCACUACCAAUCCUUAUGCAUAAUAUUCAAAUCUGAAAUGCAACUCUGUAACAUUUAACCUGAAGACUCUGUGUUACCCAGAGAAUCUUCACAUCUUUAUAUUGCCAUUCCUACAUGAACAUAAUUCAUUCUCAACUGUCUCUCCUUUGUCCAACAAGUGUCACUGUAGUAGCUGGUCACUUCUUCAGAGUUUUUUCCACAUGUUUAAGGCAAAAUUUCAGAAGUUUCUGAUUGCUUGACAUCAGGUGCUAUUACAUUAUAUAAUUUUUUGGGUAAUUUAAUAUUAUUUUGUGUUUUUUAAUGUGAGAUUUAAUAUGCAUUUGCAAAAAACCAUUUUUUGUGCUAUGGCUUCCUGCCACACAUUUGCAGUCAUUAAAUACUUCUGUUAAAUGUUAAUAGUUACCAAAAAUACUUUUAAAAUAUUGUGUGAAAGUAGUGGUAUCAGGUGUCUGCCAUUGUCGUGAAUAUCGAUCACAUGCACUGAAAUUUGUAUUUGUGGUAUCCUGGCUUCAGCUUUAAAAGAAGUCACUAUAUAUUUGAAAAAUAUGCAGUGGAUGAAAUUUUUGGGUACUACUCAGAAAUUUUGUUUUGGUUUGUUUCGUGAUGGAUGUUCUGCAUUAUCUCGAUUUAGAUACUGUGUAUGUGUGAAUAAGAAUAUCUUUACAAAGAACAAUGAGUGUCAUCAGACAAUGUUCCAUGUUUGUCAUUUGGAAAGUGAGCACUAUGUGAGUGUUUGCAUGUAUUGAUUUGUUAUUUAAUAAAGAAUAUGUGUAAACAUUA